AUGAUGACGUACAAAAAAACACAUUCGCCACCGUUAGUUAAAGAACAAGCAGCAAAGCAACUUCGAAACCGUCAACAAGGUGUCGAAGAAGCAGUUAUACAUUAUUAUAAUGGUAUAAUGGAUUUAUGUCAAACAAUUGAUUCGGGAACAACAAAUGAAACAAAAUUAAAUUAUUUAAUGCAAGGUUUAAAAAUAUCAUUACGAAAAGAUUGUGCAAGACAACAACCGAAAAAUCCACUAGAAUUUAUUAAAGUGGCGCAAAAAGAAGAAUGUUUGGAUCAAGCUUAUGCUAUAAAUGAUGUUUAUAUUAACAACAAUCAAAUAUCGGCAGCAACAUCCACCGUUAGAUCAACACAAAUUUAUCUACAACAUCAACAAAUGUUUCCGCACCAAUAUGGUCCAAGUUAUUAUCCAAAAACACAAUAA